CACAGAACAGACACUUCUCGGAGGAGGCUGAGGCAGCACAACCUGAGAGCCUCCGAGCACAGCGUGCUGCCAUGGCGCUGGCCAGGCCUGGGGCCGGGGAACCCAGGCUCCCAGCUCCGUUCCUGCUGCUGCUGCUGCUGCUCUGGGCCCCUGCCCUUGCACUCCUGGCCGGAAUGGUACCUUCGGAGACACCCAGUGCCUGUGCCUCAGACCCAUGCACUCCAGGAACCAAGUGCCAGGCUACGGAGAGUGGUGGCUACAUCUGUGGGCCCCUGGAGCCCCAGGGCUGUGCCACCCAGCCCUGCCACCACGGAGCUCUGUGUGUGCCCCAGGGUCCAGAUCCCAACGGCUUCCGCUGCUAUUGUGUGCCUGGGUUCCAGGGCCCACGCUGUGAGCUGGACAUCGAUGAGUGUGCGUCCCAGCCCUGCCACCAUGGGGCUACCUGCCGCAACCUGGCUGAUCGCUACGAGUGCCACUGCCCCCUCGGCUAUGCAGGCUUGACCUGCGAGGCGGAGGUUGAUGAGUGUGCCUCGGCGCCCUGCCUGCAUGGGGGCUCCUGUCUGGACGGCUUGGGCUCCUACCGCUGUGUAUGCACGCCGGGCUACGGAGGCGCCAGCUGCCAGCUGGACCUGGACGAAUGCCAGAGUCAGCCAUGCGCGCAUGGGGGCGUGUGCCACGACCUGGUCAACGGGUUCCGGUGCGACUGUGAGGACACGGGCUACGAGGGCACGCACUGCGAACAGGAGGUGCUGGAGUGCGCGUCAGCGCCCUGCGCGCACAACGCGUCCUGCCUGGAGGGCCUCCGGAGCUUCCGCUGCCUCUGCUGGCCAGGCUACAGCGGCGAUCAGUGCGAGGUGGACGACGACGAGUGUGCGGCAGGACCCUGCCAACACGGGGGCCAGUGUCUGCAGCGCUCCGACCCGUCCCUCUAUGGGGACGUCCAGGCCGCCUUCCCCGGCGCCUUCAGCUUCCGCCAUGCUGCGGGCUUCCUGUGCCGCUGCCCGCCGGGCUUUGAGGGAGACGACUGCAGCGUGGACGUGGACGAGUGUGCCUCAGCGCCAUGCCUCAGUGGAGGCCACUGCCAGGACCUGCCCAAUGGCUUUCAGUGUCACUGUCCAAAUGGCUACACAGGCUUGACGUGUCAGGAAGAUGUGGACGAGUGCCUGUCGGAGCCCUGCCUCCAUGGUGGGACCUGUGAUGACACUGUGGCAGGCUACAUCUGCCGGUGCCUGGAGGCUUGGGGUGGGCACGACUGUUCCGUGCAGCUCACCGGCUGCCAGGGCCACACUUGCCCACUGGCUGCCACCUGCAUCCCCACCUUCGAGUCUGGGGUCCACAGUUAUGUCUGCCGCUGCCCACCUGGUACUCAUGGAUCUUUCUGUGGUCAGAAUACCACCUUCUCCAUAGUGGCUGGGAACCCUGUGCAGGCAUCAGUGUCUGCUGGUGGUCCCCUGGCUCUGGCACUGAGAUUUCGCACUACACUACCUGCUGGUACCUUGGCUACUCGCGCUGAUACCCACGUCAGCUUGGAGCUGGCAUUGGUGGGGGCUACACUUCAGGCCACGCUCUGGAGCCAUGGCGACACUGUACUUGUCCUGAGGCUGUCAGACCUGGCCCUAAAUGAUGGCCGCUGGCACCGAGUGGAGGUGGUGCUCCGCCUUGGGGUCCUGGACCUGCGGCUCUGGCAUGAGGGCUGCCCUGCCCCGUUCUGCGUGGCCUCCAGUCCUGUGGCCCCAGGUCCUACAGCUGCCAUGGCUCCGACGCCUGCCGGGUUCUGCUCUGUCCAGCUGGGUGGCGCGGCCUUUGCAGGCUGCCUCCAGGACGUACAUGUGGAUGGGCACCUCCUGCUACCUGAGGAUCUUGGGGAGAAUGUCCUUCUGGGCUGCGAGCGCCAUGAACAGUGUCAGCCUCCGCCUUGCGCCCACAGAGGGGCCUGCGUGGACCUGUGGACUGACUUUCGUUGCGAGUGCCCCCGACCCUAUACGGGUCCCACAUGUGCUUAUGAGGUUCCUGCCGCCACCUUCGGCUUGGGGGGCACUCUGAGCUCUGCCUCCUUCCUGCUCCACCAGCCGCCAGGCCCCAACCUCACUGUGUCCUUCCUCCUCCGCACUCGGGAGCCUGCUGGCCUACUGCUCCAGCUGGCCAACGACUCAGUGUCUGGCCUGACAGUGUACCUGAGCGAGGGCCAGAUCCGGGCUGAGGUGCUGGGCAGUCCUGCUCUGCUGCUCCCCGGGCGCUGGGAUGACGGGCUCCGCCACCUGGUGACACUCAGCUUUGGGCCUGACCAACUGCAGGGCCUGGGGCAGCAGGUGCACGUGGGUGGGAGGCUCCUCCCUGCUGCCGCCCAGCCCUGGGGUGGGCCCUUCCGAGGCUGCCUCCAGGAUCUGCGACUCAAUGGCCUCCACCUCCCCUUCUUUCCACCGCCGCUGGGGAACUCCAGCCAGCCCAGGGAGCUGGGCAGCAGGCAGUCCUGGAACCUCACUGUGGGCUGUGUCUCUGAGGACAUGUGCAGUCCUGACCCCUGUCUCAAUGGUGGGACUUGCCUGGUCGCCUGGAACGACUUCCACUGCACCUGCCCUACCAACUUCACGGGGCCCACGUGUGCCCAGCAGCUGUGGUGUCCUGGCCAGCCCUGCCUCCUGCCUGCCACCUGUGAGGAGGUCCCUGAUGGCUUUGUCUGUGUGGCCGAAGCCACGUUCCGCGAAGGUCCCGCGGUCGCAUUCAGUGGGCACAACGCAUCGUCAGGGCCCACGCUCAGCGGCCUCUCGCUUGCCUUCCGCACGCGAGACUCCGAGGCCGGGCUGCUGCGUGCUGCCGCGGGCGCCCUUGCCGCCGUUUGGCUGGCGGUGCGCAACGGCUCGCUGGCAGCCGGCGUGCGCAGCGGCCGCGGGCCGCCCGGGGCGGUCCUGCCCGCGCCUGGGCCGCGCGUGAACGACGGCGCCUGGCACCGCGUGCGCCUGGCCAUGGAGCGCCCCACGGCCACCGCAUCACGCUGGCUGCUGUGGCUGGACGCCGCGUCGACGCCCAUGGCGCUGCUCGGCCUGGCCGGCGACCUGGCCUUCCUGCGCGGCCCGGGCGCCGCCCGCGUCCUGCUGGCCGAGAACUUCACCGGCUGCCUGGGCCGCGUGGCGGUCGGCGGCCUCCCGCUGCCCCUGGCGCGCCCGCGGCCGGGCGCGCCCCCCGGCACCCGAGAGCACUUCUCGGCCUGGCCCGAAGCGCCGGCCCUGCGCCUCGGCUGCCUAGGCGAACCCGUGUGUGUCCCCUCGCCCUGCCUGCACGGCGGCGACUGCCGCGACCUCUUCGACGCCUUUGCCUGCGCCUGCGGCCCGGGCUGGGGGGGCCCGCGCUGCGAGACCCGCGCCGACCCGUGCAGCUCAGCACCCUGCGUCCGCGGCCGCUGCCACGCGCGCCCCGACGGCCGCUUCGAGUGCCGCUGCCUGCCGGGCUUCGCUGGCCCGCGCUGCAGGUUGCCUGUUCUGCCAGAGGAAUGCAGCCUGAACUUCACCUGCCUCAAUGGCAGCCCAUGUGAGGGUGGGCCUGGGGGUGCCAACUGCAGCUGUCAGGAGGGCUUUGCUGGCCAGAGGUGUCAAGUCCCCUGUGAGGCCAACCCCUGCUUGAAUGGGGGCACCUGCCGGGCAGCCGGUGGGGUGUAUGAAUGUGUCUGCGGCACAAGGUUCUCUGGGCAGUUCUGCGAAGUGGUGAAGGGCCUGCCACUGCCGCUGCCGUUCCCACUGCUGGAGGUGGCGGUGCCUGCAGCCUGCGCCUGCCUCCUCCUCCUCUUCUUGGGCCUCCUCUCAGGGAUCCUGGCAGCCAGAAAGCGUCGCCAGUCAGAGGGCACCUACAGCCCGAGCCAGCAGGAGGUGGCCGGGGCCCGGCUGGAGAUGGACAGUGUCCUCAAGGUGCCGCCUGAGGAGCGACUCAUCUAGGCCUACCUGGCUGCCGGCUCCAGCACCCAUGAGGUCAUGAAUGGUUUCUACCUGGAGACCCAGGGAGGCCACUUCCAGGAGCCUGUGGGGAAGUGGCCUGCCCCUUCCUGGCCUUGGAGAGUUGCUGUGGGCACAGGAUACCUGCUGGGGAAGUGUCCUCUUUGCUGGCAGCCCCUGCCUCUGCCCCUUCGGGGACUGAGGACAAGGGGAGCACUCAGGGCAGCAGAGAGGGGCCUGGCGAGGGAGUGGACAUCGCCAUUGGACCUGCUGGGUCUUGCCUCGGCAGGUGUGUGGCUGUGCAGGGCAGGGGCACACGUGGGUACAUACGGUGUGUUCAGGAGUGUGUGUGUGCAUGCAUGUGUGCAAGAUGUGUGUGUGUACCUGGGACUGUUGAUCUGCAGAUACCGGUGUGUGUGUGCUGGAUGGGGCUCGUGGACAUGUCUGUGUCUGUGUAGUGGGUGCGGGCCAUCGGAGGGGGUGACCGGGCUGGGGAGCAACCUUCACAGCUCUGGGGCGGGGGCACCCCCAGGCUGCACUUUGUCCAGGAGGCCAGGCCAGGGCAUGCCCAAGGACCAAGUCCCCAGCUCCCGAAUCUCCUCCCCGCUCUGGAAGCUGACCCAGGCCUGGAAGCAGCUGGGAAAUCAGGAGGAGGCCACAGCCUGAAGCUUUGGGCAGAUCUGUCUCUGCCUUGUGCCAGAGCCAGGCCCACUUGGGAACAGACCACGGCCAGGGCAGACCCGAGGGACAGUGGGCGGGCUGUCCGGGGGUGUCUAGGCUCCAUGCAGCCCCCUCCUUCCUCAGGGCCUGGCAUCUGUAGAGUGGGGAAAGCAGCCAGCCUACCUCACAGGGCUGUUGUGAGGAUCAGCGUGGAAAGAACUUGAAGUCUUUAAACCCUGGUCUGCUGUGAAGGGCUGUCGGCGUUGUCCUUUUACGUGUCAGGAACGGUUGUCUCCCUCCCCUGGCUGGAGUUGAGGGAAAGAGUGGGGGAAGGGGCCUCCCUGGGGGGUGAUGAGAAUGAAGGCGCAACCCUUCCCUCCAACUUCCCCAACCACCUCUUGGUUCUCCAGCUCAGAUGCCAGCCGGAGGGUCCUCCGCAGCUGCUUGCUGAGGCCACGCCUUCACCUGCAGACCAGUUGCCUCUCUAAAUGGCGGUUGGGAGGAUUCCUGGGGAGGACUCACAGGAGGCCCUGAGUUGUGUGCUGAGAACGCUGGGGCUGCCUCUGUCGGGGCUGGCCCUGCAGAGACACAGACGUGGGCAGAACUUGCCGCUUUGUUUCCCAUCUCUUCCCUGGUGAUGCCAUCACACUGGGAGCUCCGAUCCUGGUCUCCUCAGAGCUACACACAGUCCUUUGUGCCUGAGCUGGAGAUGUGCCUUUUCGUCCUUCCUGCUUCCCAGGCCAGUGCCUCCUGUGCCAACUUGCCAAGGCCAGGAGGCCUCUCUACACUGUUAGAUUGGAGGUUGACGUGACCCAGCUCCUGGAGGCACAGGAGCCAAAUGGGAGGAGGUGGGACCACCUUUCCCCCAACUGUCUCCAUGACUCCUGGGAAAGCGAGAGAGGAGACCUCUGGUACCCACAGCUUAGCCACAGCCGGUUCUGUGGCUAGUUCGAGUCAUGGAUUUGGCCAACCUUUGAUCUUGCGGACUCCUUAAGAAAUUUUAUGUGGAACCUCAACAAAUAAAAGCUGGACCGCUGUUUUUGGGGAACCCCAUGUUCUCCUCUCUUGCUUCUUAGGCACAUGUCAUUUACAAGGGCAGCCUGGGGAGGGGGGGACCAGGCCAGAUGAUGGGUGAGCUUAACGCCCUCUCUGGGUGCUUGGUCCAGAUAUUCUCAACAGAGACUCUAACCGCAGUGCACGCUCGAGGCUCUGCCCUUGCUCAUGAGGUCUGUGGGGUUAACUUCCAGGUGUCUCCUUGGGCUUGUUUCUUCUUGGAGCCUGAGCACCCUCAACACCAUCAGUGACCUGCAGCCCUGCUCCAGGGACCCAGCAGGCCUGUGACCAGCCCACCCCUGUGCCCUGCCUGGAAGGGGAGGAGGCCGAGUUGGGCUCAGAGGCCCAAAUGAGAACAGGCUUGGGAGUGGGCCAGGGGUCAAAUCCUUCCGACUGCUCUGAACCCCGGCUCCUCUAUAGAAGGGGGAGCUGAGGAUGGCUGAGGCCUCCCCCAAACCCAGAGCUUCCUCAAGGACACAGGGAUACCAGCCUUCUCCCCAAGAAGACUUUAUUGAAUGCACACACAGAAUUCAUCCUUGGGUUUGCCGAUUUGAUCUGGGUGAAGCGACCACAGUGCCGAUGUGAACAGGGCGCAGUGCCACCUGCCCCAGCACAGCAGGAAGACCAGGGCUGGGCUCCGCUUCCCUGCAGCCACCCGGUGCCCCUGGACUCACACCCUGCCCAUCAAUCAGGUGGGUUGUCCCGUCCCCCAUGGGGUUCAGGGGUCUGCCCAGGAUGGGGAGGCCUGGAGUCUGCACGGAUACACCUGAGUGUCCUGGAGGUCCCCACAUGGCCCAGACAUGACAUGCCUCCCCGCCCCUCUCCCAGGCAGCUAGAGAACAGUCCCGAGAUUUAGAGGGAAGACUUGUCUUAGUGGCCAUGACUGACUCAGGAGGGGCUGUGUGCUGGGCCAGCAGUGUGUCACACCCCAUGUUGGGGGAGCGAACCUCACAGCCAGCCCUCCAGGCCUCACUGAGCCACGGCACGGGGUGCCUGCCAGCCCCUCAGACACUGACAAGGCACCCUGGGGUUCUGGGGACCUCCAGGGACCCCCUGCCCCAUCAGCAC